CUUUUAACCGCCUUCGUUUUGUUUUGGAAAGAAAACAUAAAUAAGAUGUGAGAAAUCUGGUGGGGGAGGAUGGGAAAGGACGGAUACGUUGUUGUGCCAGCGGAGCUGCUGCCGACAGCUGGUGGAGGAAUGGCGGCGACGAAUGUCAAGAAGAAGACGAGCUGGAUGAUUCUCGACAAUACGGGGAACGAGAUCACAAAAGAGUGGGACAAGCAAUACAUAAUGCAACACGUCCUCAUCCAUGCCCGCGACCUCCGCAUCCUCGACCCCCUCCUCUCCUACCCCUCCACCAUUCUCGGCCGUGAUGGCGCCAUCAUCUUGAAUCUUGAGCAUAUAAAGGCGAUCAUAACUGCUGAGGAGGUACUGCUUCGAGAUCCGCUGGAUGAAAAUGUUGUCCUAGUUGUUCAAGAGCUCCGAAGGCGAUUGCCUCCUGUAAACGCAAACUCCAAAACAGAGUACCUUGGUGGGCAGAAUGAUGUUGAAGUGUGUGAAGAGGAUGAAUCUCCCUUUGAAUUUCGAGCCUUAGAGGUAGCAUUGGAAGCAAUAUGUAGUUUUCUAGCUGCACGUACAACGGAAUUAGAAACUGCUGCAUAUCCUGCUUUAGAUGAGCUUACCUCCAAGAUAAGUAGUCGUAACUUGGACAGGGUUCGUAAAUUGAAGAGUGCCAUGACAAGGUUGACUGCACGGGUUCAAAAGGUGAGGGAUGAACUAGAACAGCUUCUCGACGACGAUGAUGAUAUGGCUGAUCUGUACUUGUCAAGAAAAUUGGCUGGGGCAUCUUCACCAGUUAGCGGUUCAGGUGGUGCCAAUUGGCUUCCUGCUUCCCCUACCAUUGGCUCAAAGAUUUCCAGAGCUAGUAGAGCAAGUGUGGCAACAGUUCGUGGAGAUGAGAAUGAUGUGGAGGAGCUUGAAAUGUUGCUAGAGGCUUACUUCAUGCAAAUUGAUGGGACCUUAAACAGAUUAACCACGCUGCGAGAAUAUAUAGACGACACAGAAGAUUAUAUUAAUAUUCAGCUUGAUAAUCAUCGAAAUCAGCUGAUUCAGUUAGAGCUCUUUCUCAGUUCAGGAACUGUUUGCGUAUCCAUCUAUUCUUUGGUGACGGCAAUAUUUGGCAUGAAUAUUCCGUAUACUUGGAACAUGGACCAUGGUUACAUGUUUAAAUGGGUGGUCAUUAUAUCGGGAGUAGGUAGUGCACUUCUGUUUGCGGUGAUUGUAGCCUAUGCUCGCCGCAAGGGUUUAGUUGGAUCUUGAAGUCAGCUUUUUACCCUGUUCAGAUGGAAUUUUUGAGACCGAAAUGGGACACUACUCUAGGAUUAAAAGACAUUGGAUUCAUACCAGAUCUAGGAGACUCUCUCUCUAUCAACCAGGCACCAGCGGUAAAUGUGGGUGCAUUCUUGACCUCCAGGUCCGGAUAAAUUUAUAUAAAGUAUCCCCAUGUUUUAGCUGUAGAUGGCAGGAGGUGUCUGCUUUGGAUAUACCGUUCUUGUGGAUACAUCGGCUUAACCAAGCAAUGUGGGACAAACAAAUCGUAACGGGAUGGAAGGAGAUAGGAUCUUGUUAUUAGCAUUCAUGUUCUUAACAAGUAAAUUUUACAAUAAAUUAGCGAUAGUUCUGGUAGAAUCUGAACCCUGAAGUCAAUGGCCAGGUAUUUCGUUCUUUAAACUUUUGAUCCUUUUGGCUCUA